AUGAAGCAGUUUCGUAAUAAGGCCAGUUCCUUGCCUAUUUUCAAUGGACGCAUUAACGAUGUAACCUCGCUGACCACCACAUCCUUGCAGCUGCCACACGUAGCAGCGGAACGUAAGCCCAGCAGUCGCAAAUUUAGCUCACGAGGCUUGCCCAAAAUAUUUACAAUAACUGACGGCCACACCGGCAUCACCAAUACAUCGCUCGCUGAGGCCAUGUCUACUAAUCUGGUGCAGGAGCAGCAGGCGCUGCAGCAGCUGGUGGUACCGCACGAGACGCUCAAUGUGGCUGGCAAAGAGUUGGCCAACUAUGAGAAAGUACGCGUAGUGGGUCAGGGCUCAUUUGGCAUUGCUAUACUCUACAGGCGCAAAUAUGACGAUCAUCAUAUUGUGUUCAAACAAAUUAAUUUGAGCGAAUUGACGCCACCAGGACGUGAUCUGGCCAUGAAUGAGGUGGAAGUGUUUUCCAAACUGCAUCAUCCCAACAUUGUUAGCUAUCUGGGCAGCUUUAUAAAGGACAAUACACUGCUUAUUGAAAUGGAGUACGCCGAUGGUGGCACCUUGGCCCACAUCAUAGCCGAACGACAGGGUAAACGACACUUUCCGGAACGCUAUAUAAUCGCCGUCUUCGAGCAGAUAUCCAGCGCUAUUAACUACAUGCACUCGGAGAACAUACUUCAUAGGGAUUUAAAGACGGCUAAUGUGUUUCUGAAUAAGCGUGGCAUUGUUAAGAUUGGCGACUUUGGUAUAUCUAAGAUAAUGAAUGCCAAAAUUCAUGCACAGACCGUGCUUGGCACACCCUACUACUUCAGUCCCGAAAUGUGCGAGGGCAAGGAGUACGACAACAAAAGCGAUAUCUGGGCACUGGGCUGCAUUCUGGGUGAGAUGUGCUGUCUGAAGAAGACUUUUGCCGCUUCCAACUUGUCAGAGCUGGUGACGAAAAUUAUGGCUGGCGCUUAUACGGCUGUGCCGCUUGGCUACACCUCCGGCUUGCGCAGCCUGAUGUCCAAUUUGCUGCAGGUGGAUGCAUCCAAACGUCCCACUGCAUCCGAGGUGCUCGUAUAUUGGAUACCCUUGAUAUUUCGCAGUCUGGGCAAGAACAAAGGCUACUCCUAUGAGGACCACGACAACAGCAACAGCUUGGCAGCAGCAUCCACAACGCACAUUGCUGCCAGCUGCAGCAACUUGACCAUGGAGCUGCCCACUGCACAAACAGAGACGCGCAAGCUGAUGAGCGCCGAGACUGCGCUGCCACAUGAGGUUAUAGAGCGACGUUCUGUGCUUUAUCAGCUAAAGGCUUUUGGUAACAGCUUUAGCAUGAGUCCCAUACAGCUGCCACCCAAGUCUGUCAUAGUCUGUGUGGCGAUGAGCGAAUCCCACUUUGUUGUUAUCAACGAUGAUGGCACUGCUUAUGCCUGGGGAGAGGGCACCUGUGGACAACUGGGCCUGACAUCACUCGAGACCUGGAAACACUAUCCGGGCUUGGUGCAGAGCGUGCGCAACUAUCAUCUGGUCAGCGCUUGUGCCGGCGAUGGCUUCACUAUAUUCCUGACACAGUCCGGCAAUCUGCUCAGCUGCGGCAACAAUCAGCAGUAUGCAUUGGGCCAGGAUGAGCAAAAGAACUACUAUAGUCCAAAGCUCAUAGCCAAGCUGGCGGAUGUGCGCAUUGAACACAUUAGCGCUGGCUUGCAGCAUGUCCUAGCGCUGAGUCGCGAAGGCGCCGUCUAUGUCUGGGGCACCAGCGCCACAGGCGCGCUCGGCCUGGGCAACUAUCAGCAACAGCUCAAGCAGCCGCAAAAGAUUUUGCUGUCGCAUGUGAAGAGCAGAGCUCUGAGCAUCUACUGCGGCCCAGACACCUCCGCCGUGCUCUUUUCCAACGGCGAGCUGCAUGCCUGCGGCAGCAACAACUACAACAAGCUGGGCUUCAAUCGCGCCAGCAAAAUAACUGCCUUUAAAAAAGUACAACUGGGACAAAAGGUGAUUAAGGCUUGCUUCUCCUCCACGCAUUCGGUGUUUCUCAUUGAGGGUGGCUAUGUCUACACCAUGGGACGCAACACAGAAGGUCAACGUGGAAUACGACACUGCAAAGCUGUGGAGCAGCCCACACUGGUAGAGAUCAUGCGCACACGUUAUAUUGUGCAAGCAAAUUGCAAUGAUCAGUGCACCAUUGUGGCUUCCGAAGAUAAUAUUAUCUCUGUCUGGGGCACACGCAAUGGUCUGCCGGAGCUCGGCGCCAGCGGCAGCCCCUUGGGUCUGGAAGUGUGCACGCCCAACAAUGACAUUGACUUGGGCAACAACACAGCUGCUUUCACCAACUUUCUAGCAUCGGUCUACAAGUCAGAGCUGAUUAUCGAUCCAGUCGAUAUCUUAGCCUUGUACUCCUCGAAGGAGCAAUGUGAACGUGGUUACUAUGUAAAAGUGAAUGAUAUAUUUCCAUUGGCGCACAGCGUGCUGGUGCUGGUAGAGACCACCACGCCGCUUAUUACAUCCUAUGAAGGUUAA